GCACAGCGGGACAAACUGGACACAUUGUGAACUUUCCCUGCUUUAACCACACAAAUAAAUCGUAAUUUUCAUAUAAAAGCAUCCGACUAAUUAGUGGAACUCUGCUGGAAUAUCGAUCGGAAAACUUUGGCUUUGACCACAGAACACUGCGGUCCGGACAAACGAGCACAGAUUCAGACCCAUGCUGCCAGGCCCGGAGCAAGGCCCGUUGUGUGAAUGUGUGUAAGCGUGUGAAUAUGUGUGUGUGAGUGCCUUUGAGUGUGUAUUUUUAGACUGAGUGGGGGAACGUCUUACUGUGUGAGUGCCAGGCUCGUGCGAGGAUGAGGGCCGUCGCUCUGCUGUCUCUCCUGAUGGUCGCGGAGGUCGCAGCCUCUCGGUUUGUCCGCGACUCCCAGGCCGACCCCGAGGUGAUAGAACCCUCCAAGAACAACGCCUCCAUCCCGAUUCAGCCCCUACAGCCGGCCCGGCCACGGGGCUCCUUCCCCCCAAUGUGCAUAAAGCCCACAGAGAUCAAGCACACGUUCAAGUAUGUGAACACCAUCGUAUCCUGUCUGAUCUUUGUGGUGGGGAUCAUCGGCAACUCAUCACUGCUCAGGAUCAUAUAUAAGAACAAGUGUAUGAGGAACGGACCCAAUGUCCUGAUUGGCAGCCUGGCACUUGGGGACCUGCUUUAUAUUAUCAUCGCCAUACCCAUCAAUGUGUUUAAGUUAAUAGCCGAGGACUGGCCAUUUGGCGUGUAUGUCUGUAAGUUGAUGCCGUUCAUCCAGAAAGCUUCAGUGGGGAUCACCGUCCUCAGCCUGUGCGCCCUCAGUAUUGACCGUUACCAUGCAGUGACAUCAUGGAGCAGGGUGAAGGGGAUGGGGAUCCCUCUGUGGAAAGCAGUGGAGGUGACUCUGAUCUGGCUGGUUGCUGUGCUGCUCGCAGUCCCUGAGGCACUGGCAUUCGACAUGUUGGAGAUGCCGUACAGAGGCAACAAGCUGCGAGUGUGUCUGCUGCAUCCAGAACAGACCACCAGCUUUAUGAAGUUCUACCAGGAUGUGAAAGACUGGUGGCUGUUUGGCUUCUAUUUCUGCUUCCCGCUGGCCUGCACCGGAAUCUUCUACACGCUCAUGUCCUGUGAGAUGCUCAGUCGCAAAAAAGGCAUGCGCAUCGCACUCAACGACCACAUGAAACAGAGGAGGGAAGUAGCGAAGACGGUGUUCUGCCUCGUGUUAAUUUUCGCUCUCUGCUGGCUGCCCCUUCAUCUCAGCCGUAUUCUGAAGAAAACUAUCUACAACCAAAAUGACCCCAACCGCUGUGAACUGCUCAGCUUCCUGUUAGUGAUGGAUUACAUCGGCAUCAACAUGGCCUCCCUAAACUCCUGCAUUAACCCGAUUGCCCUUUACUUUGUCAGCCAAAAAUUUAAAAACUGCUUCCAGUCCUGCCUGUGCUGCUGGUGCUACAGAACGUCUCCCCUGGAUGAGAGAGGUUCAGGAGGACGCUGGAAGGGCUCUUAUCACGUGAAUGGACUUGACCGCUCCAGCUCCCGCUCCAGUCAGAAAUACACAAGCUCUUCAUAGACACACACACACACACACACACUCAUCACACACCUCUUCUCUGCAAAUCAGAUCCCAGUACGGAGGGGAAAAUGGAACAACUUCUACAGGACUCACAGCAGACUGAAAGAUCAACCCCAAACAGAUGAACGACAUAACAGGACUGUAUCUUUUCAGGCUGUAAUACUAACUGCAAAAACUACGAUAAAACCAAGGCUACAUAAAUCUGCCGAGGCCUGUGCGGAGGACUAAAAGUCCCUUAGUGGACCAACAUGGUAAAUACAUUUCUAAAGAUUGGUUAUUAAAGCCACAUGUAAAUAAAUGUACAUGAUUAUCUACGUGCAGAUAGCAGACCUAUUUUAUGAUUAUAUCUAGCCUAAGUUCUUCAUGUUUGUAAAACAGCGCUGAUGAGUACUGCCUGAUGAAGCUUUAAUACCUCUCGGGGAAAGAUAGAGGGAAACUGUGAGUUAUUUACAAAAAGCUUUAACUGUGCGUGCCUUUUUUUAAUAAAAAAUGCACGACUGUGCCUCUGCAUAUAAACAAAAUCAGUAGCUGAUUAUCUGACAAUCAACUGCAUUUUGUCACUGAACUCGUCAAUGCCCGUGAGACCUGGUGACAUCAUACAAGAGUAAAAUGGGCCCCACCACGUGCCUUACAUGUGUAGAGUGUAACAUUGGACGUCUUUUAUCUGGAAAUCAUUGCUGCUUUAAGUCAUGUGGAGGACAGCUGUUGUCUGAGAACACUGACAAAUACCAGAUGAUUUCCAUCACAAUUCGCAGAAGAGGUCUUUAUUAGUAAUAUUAUUAUUGCAGUAUUCAUGCGGCUGUAAGUGGUUUCCACUGUGAAUAAAGCCUUAACCUGUCUCUUACAACGUAGCUUUUAUUUUUCUAAGAAAAUAUUACAAAACACAUUUGUUUUGACUUGUUUUAUCUUCCAGCAUAAGUUGUCCAUUUAUUAUUUCCAAAUAUCUCACCUCUAUCAGUGAGUGAUCAUGUUACAAAGAUGUCCCUUUGGCCAGAAAAUACACACGUACUCAGUAGUCACGCACUUAAGACAAAUCUUCUGAUGCCAAAACAUCAACAAACAACCCAAUUAUGGGCUCUUUAAAAGGUCAGACAUGAGAAGAAGCUGCAGGUUGUGCCAGCCAUUAUCGUUUGGGGGAAAAUGAAUCAAAGUUUGAAUCAAACACUGGCAGUAGUGAGAGGCUAUACUGAUACAAGCACAAGAUGAAUCCAUUUUAUCUGGUGAUUUUCUUUGUCUCUCAGUACAUUGUGACUAAGAUAUGGCGUUAGAAAUAUUUUCCUAUAUCAAACCAAUAACCACAUGUGUCCUGAGAAACCAGACAAGGUGUUCACACUGCAGCAUUUAAAAUAGUCUUGAUUUAUGUAAUAUAAUAUAUAAAUGUUCUGACAAAAUAUUUCCUUUGCUCCUGUAGUAGAGUUUGCAAUGGUGCAAAUGUGACUCAUUCGCUCAACAUAUCUAUCUAUGUCAGGGGUGGCCAAACUUUUCUGUUUGUGGGCCAUGUACAGAAAAACAGAAGAAGUGAUCAAAUUCUGAAAUUUUUGGCAUUCACUCACUAUAUCACGUCUUUUUAGUUCCGCCAUGUGCUUUUAGUACUGGAAGGUCUGAGCACCUUUUGGACUGUCUUUCUAGAGGGACUAUAAGCUAAGACAUUUAGAAGUAGUUUGAGGUUGAAGAUAAAAUGUAAUAUGAAUACUGGCUGGUGUUUGCUGAGUAUGCUGUAAUAAAUAUUAUUUUAUAGCA